AUGAACAUCACACAACCCCUCGAUUCCCCGACUUUAAGCCAAGCUUUCAAUCGACAGGCCAUGACCUAUGUCUUCGCUGUGGUUGGGCUGAUAUGGUACUGCUUCAUGUGUGCGAUAAGCAUUCUUGGACUUGUAGCUGCCCGUCGCAGAUACCGGUCAUGUCCAGCAUCUCCACGAAGGACAGCUGACUCUGCUCCAGGGGUGUCCAUACUCCGGCCCCUGAAGGGACUCGACACGAACUUAUACGAAAACCUUGAAUCUACCUUCAAGCAAGAAUAUCCCAAUUAUGAAAUCAUCUUUUCUGUCGCAGACGAGAAUGACCAAGCAUUGACUGUUGUACGAGCCCUCAAGAGCAAAUAUCCGGAUGUGAAAGCAUCUGUCAUAAUUGGCGAAGAAGUUGUAGGCGUCAAUCCCAAAGUGAACAACCUAAUGCGACCUGUGAGAGCAGCUGCCAAUGAUAUCUUGUGGGUUAUCGACUCUGGUGUCAUAGUCGACCCCGGAACCCUUGCGAGAAGCGUCGAUGUCCUCACGGGAUUGCCUACAUCUCGGUCAAAUAAAACCAUUUCUCUCGUCCACCACGUCCCUUUUGCCCUUAUCGACGAAGACAAGAUCGGGUCUCGCCUUGAAGCUGCAUUCCUCAACACGAACCACGCCAAGAUGUACAUUGCAAUCAACACUGUUGGCGUCGAAUCCUGCGUGGUGGGCAAGUCCAACCUAUACCGCCGGUCAGACCUCGAACGCGUGAAUGGCUCCUUGAUUCCCGUUCGGUCCCAAAUUGCCAGCACUCAUGAACCCGUGGUUUAUGGUCUAGCAGCGUUUGGGAAGUUUCUCGCCGAAGACAACAUGAUUGCCAGUGCUCUUUGGCACGAACUCGGUCUGCGACACGAUCUCUCCUCCGAUGUCGCGUGCAACGUGGUAGGAAACAUGUCGUUUCUUGAUUACGUCUGGAGACGCAUGCGAUGGAUACGGGUUCGCAAGCGCAUGGUUUUAGCAGCGACUCUCGCGGAACCGUUCACGGAGUCGUUGGUUGUGUGUGUCCUUGGCAGCUUAAGCUGUCGAACAAUCUUUGGUUUCCCGCCAUGGAUAUUCGCGCUACUCCAUUAUACCCUCUGGCUCUCAAUUGACUUGGAUGUAUACACAUCCAUUGGUGGUAACAAGAUCAACAGUCAGGGCAUGUUUGGCUUCAUUCUUGCCUGGGUUGGUCGAGAGGUGCUGGCCUUGCCGAUAUACUUAUUUGCAAUUUUUGGUGACGAAAUCAUCUGGAGAGGCCAACGAUAUCAGGUCCUACACAAUGGAGAAGCGAGGCUGUGUACAGACCAAAAGGGCAGUAGGCCCUGGUUUAGCUUUCGCAGAAUAGGACAAUAUCAUCAGAUUUAA